CGCGCAGCUCUUUCCGUCGUCGAACAACCGCAUCACAGACAAAAUGGCCCCCGCAAGAAAGAAGUGGUCCAAGGGCAAGGUCAAGGACAAGGCCCAGCACGCCGUCGUCCUCGAGAAGGCCACCGCCGACCGUCUCAACAAGGAUGUCCAGUCCUACCGUCUGAUCACCGUCGCCACCCUUGUCGACCGUCUGAAGAUCAACGGCAGCCUUGCCCGCAAGGCCCUUGAGGAUCUCGAGGAGAAGGGCCAGAUCAAGAAGGUUGUCGGCCACUCCAAGAUGAACAUCUACACCCGCGCCCCCACCGCCGAGUAAACGUUUCGAACAACGCUGGUUUCCUCUUUUUCUCGCGGUUUUGCUUGUGUUUCCCUUUACCUACGAAUGAUAUCAAUAUUCGAAGUUGGGCGGGCGAAUGAUGGUUGUAUCUGAGUGAAUGACAAAAAAUUCAAAUAAAUCAAUCCCGGAAGUCUAUCCCGACAGAUUCGUACGGUAGCGGAGGCAAAAAGGAGUAGGAACAGACGUUGAUUGAUGUCCGCGGGGACAUACAUAGCACGUAGAUGGAGGACAAGACGACGACAAACAAGAAACAGACUUAUAUGCAACUGUAC